AAAGUUGUCUCCCGUGUGCUGUUCUUUGGAGUUAGUGCUGUUUAGUCAUUAGUGGCACUGACAAAAUGUGAUGUCAACGAUCAUGGGCGAAAAUACUGCCAAGUUGACCUCACAUGAAAGAAAGGGCCUAACUCAUCAGUCGUCAGGACAGUGAUGGUGGAACGCAUUCUGUGAUCCUUGGCUUGAUAAGUGAGCUGACUGCUAAUCAGAGUUCGAUGACUGGACUUCUUUGAUCUGAGAGAACAAAAAUGGAGAUUCUCCAAGGAUCUGUCCAGGGGACUUUUGCUUUUAGCAAUUUACUCGAAUCUUGCAGCUCAGGUGUGGCACCUAGAAUGUUGUAAAGCCAGAAUCCCUCGCCCGCUAAUAGCGUCUUGGUUCCUAAGAUCUUCUCAAAUUCAGAUUCGGGUGAUAUACGUCAUGCAAAAAUGAUCAUUACCAAGCUAGAGUCGCCACCUAGAACAAACCUGGGAACAUAACCUGAGAUGUCAACAUGUCAACAUUAACUGAAUUCGAGUAAAAUGAAACCUUGCGAAAUAUGCAAGUAUUGACAUGUAAAAUCGCACCAAUUCAUAAGUUUUUCAAAACUUAAAUUUUCUCUCUUUCAUUUACAGAUUUUGAGUAAUCACCAUAGUGAAGUGAUGAGUAAUUUCUCUUGUCCCUUCAAAAUCAGUGUUCAAUGUUAAAAUUAAUAAAACCAGGCUCAAGCUGGUAAAGCUAUCAACGUCACUAGAACAAACCUGGUGGUUGUCAUAUCUCUACCCUCAAGUAAAUCAUGAUCAACGGGGAAUUCCUAGACCAGAUCAAAUUGGUCAAGAAUCACAUUAGAAUACCCUUAAAAAAAGAAAAACGGAAUGGUUCUUUUUCAGCUGUCCAUGUAGAAAAAAGGGUAUUAAAAAGAAAACCCAGUUGAGCAAGACAAUGGGCAAGCAAAAUAUAGUUAAAAGAUGGAGUCAGGACAGUUAAUUCCCUUGUCCCUGAGGGGAGCGAGUCCCUGGGGGCUCACCCUCUUUGUUUGCCUAUUUUCAAGCUUCCCAUGCCAUUUUUAUUUUAACUCACCCUCGUUUAAAUAAAUAAAAAUCAGCCCCCAAAAAAAAUAAAAAAUCAAGGACCUGUCUUUUUCAGACACAUACUCAGAGAGAGAGAGGGGUGGGGGAGAGAGAGAUGGAAGAAGAGAUUGAGAGCCAUCAUGGAAAUGUGCCAAAUGUUGUGCCCAGAAGAAGAAGCUCCAGCCCGGAGAGCCCUUGCUCAAAGACCGACCACCAUCACCACCACCACAGCAACAAAGAACAGGACAGGUUCUUGCCAAUUGCUAACGUUGGGAGGAUCAUGAAGAAGGUGCUUCCUGGGAAUGGCAAGAUCUCCAAGGACGCGAAAGAGACAGUCCAGGAAUGUGUGUCGGAGUUCAUCAGCUUCGUCACUGGGGAGGCAUCAGACAAGUGCCAGAGGGAGAAGAGGAAGACCAUCAAUGGGGACGACAUCAUCUGGGCGGUCACCACUCUAGGGUUUGAGGAUUACGUUGUCCCCCUCAAGACAUACCUCAACAAGUACAGAGAGAUUGAAGGUGAGAAGCUGAAUGUCCCCAAACAGCAACAGAGAUCAUGCUCUUCAACGGAUCAACAGCAACCACAACAGCAACAUGGGAUGCAUCAGCAACCAUUCGAUCAUCAGAUUCAUGAUCACAGCACCAACAUGGGGUUCACCAAUAACGAUAACGACAGUAGUAACGGUUUUUGUUCUUCAGCAAGCAUUCUGUCUCAGCCUCGCCCUUUCGGGGGCACUGAUCAUCAGCCAUUGAUCUCCUUGCCUUACUCUCCCAGUUCCAUUCAAAAGCAAUUACAGCACCAAGACCAAGUUGAUUCGCUGGGGCAGUGGUAGAUAUGAUACUUAAAUCUCACCUUUUGUCACCUUUUUUGUGUUAUAUUAUACGAUGCUGAUAUAUACCAUUCAAACAAUACCUUACGUUUUUCCAGUACACAUGUAUGGUUUUUGAGAUA